AUGAUUGGAAGCGAUGCUGAGCUAGAUGAGAUAUUGAACGCUGGUGAAAACAUACAGCCAAUUCAAAAACCUCCUGCUGCUGAUAUUUAUCAGAGUAUGAUUCGAGCUUGGGUGAAUGAAAAGGCUGCUCCUGAUCUACUUCCAUUCCAGCACGAUCUUGUUUCUCAGUUGCGAUUUAUUGUUGAAACUCAGCAAGAAGGCGUGCAUCUCCGUUAUUCUGGCCAACCCACAUUUAAUUUUUUGAAAUUCAUCUAUGGGCUUGAGCUCGAGAGAAUAAAAUUUGUGCUUCGGAGUUAUAUUAGACUAAGGCUUGGAAAGAUUCAGCACAUGACAAUCUACCUACUAUCUGAUCCAGAGUUACGAAUGUGCAUGUCAGAUGAAGAGCUUUUUUUUGCUGAAAGAUUUCAAACACUGAUUCAGACAUAUCACAAAGGAUCCUAUUUGGGGAAUUUAUCAAAGCAAUGGCAAGCUUUGGACAGUGAUGAAAUGCCAUUCAUUACAGUCAUGAAACCAGAUCUAGACACUGCUGUAUUCUGUAGAGUUACACAAGAUGUGGGGGAUCUUCAAAUUAAUGAGAUAUCCAAAGCGUAUCAGCGAGUGUUUCAGGCGACAUUUUUAUUCAAAUCUAGUCAUGUCAAGAUCGACAAGUUUGAUACUAGACCCGUCCAUUGA